CCCGCCCUGCACUCCUCCUCCCGUUUCCCUGCCGCGACGGCAAAGGCUGCCCUUCCGCGUUGUAUUUAGAGCGGCAUUGGCACAAAGUGGGUAGAAAUGCCGGCGGGCCGCCCCCCCGACCCCGCCAGGGGCAUACGAAGAUUAGGUGGCUCGGGUCUCCACACCUAUAGUAUUUUUUCUGACCAUUGGGUCUUGACUGCUGUUGCAAAAGCGGACGCCAGCGAUUCGGGAGUUGGAUUCUGACAUGCUGUGGCAGCUAGAGAAGUGGAUUUUGGUCGACCUUCCAAGUAAAGAGGCGUGGUGAGCAAUGAUCAAGCACUGGCUGCCCUCUCUGAGCAACAGCAGAGGAGUGGAGCUGAGAACAGAUCUGGACUACAGCUUGCUGGGACAGAAAACUGAUGGGUACUCUGGUUCUGACAUCAAACUCGUGUGCAAGGAAGCAACCAUGAGAACAGUGAGGAAAAUCUUUGAUGCUCUUGAAAACCAUCAGCAAGGUAACAGUAACUUACCUGUGAUCCAACUGGACACAAUCACAACAGCAGAUUUCCUAGAUGUGAUUGCCCAUACCAAGCCAUCGGCAAAAAAGCUGAGCCAGAAGUACACAGCUUGGCAGAGAGAGUUUGAGUCAGUUUGGAGAGAAAAAUCCUAAAAGACUGAGAACUUCAAAGACUUUUGCUAUCCAAAAUGGCAUCUGUGUCACCUCCAAAGGAUUUGGAUUUGAUUGAUUUUGAUUAAUUUUUAGUCUUUUUUCGUAGUAUUUGUUUACAGGUCUGUAGUACAAGAGCUGGAGCAGAAAGCUUGUUAAGAGCAAUUAGAUGGUUAGUGUAAUUCUUCCUUUCUGAGACUCACUAAAUCAUCACAAUCAGAGCAGCUCUAGCAACAGAGGCUUGCAUGCCUUUUUAAUGAAGCAAAAGUAAUCAUUUUCAAUGAAAUUCAGUUUAAUAGUGCCUGGUAAACUUGGUUAGUUUGUUGUUUUAAUCUGCAAUCAGAACCUUGAUCAUAGAAUGGUUUGGGUUGGAAGGAACCUUAAAGGUCAUCUUGAUGUGCCAAACAUAUUACAUUCCGGUUGGUUUGGGAUAUUUCCAAGGUGGAAAGUGCAAGGGAUCAGAAGAAUUUGGAAUUAUUGUAGAAAAUCAGCAUUAUCUAGGCUAAUCUGGCUAGAAACUGGAUUGCUGGUAACCCACUGGUUUUCAGCCAGUCAUAAAACGUGAGGUGAGUCACAUAAAAAAGUUGAGUCUGUGCAGUGCUGCGGUAUUACCCAAGUUGGAGACUUUGCUGCUGAUAAUCAUGGCCAAGUAACCAGUCAGGUGCCUGUCAAGCUUUUUAUUGGAAAUUCUAAAUCAUUUUUUCAGCCUUUCAGGACUCAUCACUGUCCCCCUCUUACCUUCUCUCUUGCUUGGCAAGACAGUUAUUUUCUGUUUCUUCCAAUGUUUUCUUUGCAUGGUUUUCUGUGAAGCUGCUUUUUUAAGUGUCACGAUGCUCUCCAGCAUGCUCCCGGACCUCUGGAGAAGCAACAGUCCCCUUUUGUUCUAUUGUCUUGAGACAUGGGGUUAGAAAUUAGUUGGAAAAUUGUCAGGUGUGAUUUUUCUGUAUUUGGCACCAGUGGUAUUCCACUAGUUGAUCAAGUCUAACAAUACAAUGUAUCACAAGUUAUUACCUACACCUAUUGGGAUGAACCUCACCCUAGUGAUGCAAUUAGUUAAACACCAAGACCUGAUCAAAAUUUUAAAAGGCAUUCAGGAAAAUGGGGAGAACACUCUAACCAUUGUCUAUCGUGAUAUGAAGGAAAUAAGCAGAGUUUUGCAAAGAGUGAAACAAGACGCAAAUCACAACUGGUGGGAUGCACUCUUUGGAUGGUUGCCAACUGCAACUGGGAUUUUGAACACAUUGGGUCACCCAAUUAUUGUUUUAUUGAUGUUAGUUGGUAUAAGUUUAGUAUUGUCUUUUGUAAUACUUGUUUGGAAUUGGAAAUUGUUACAACGAAUGGCGAUAUUAGCUUUCUUGUCGAAAGUACAUGGCAAGGCAUUGAGGGAUACAUAUCAUAGAGAUUGGGAAGAAGAAUUUCUGUAUUAAGUAAAAGAAUUUACUAGAUUUUCUAGAAAAGGGGGUACUGAGAUAUGGGGUUAGAAAUUAGAGGGCGACUGAUUAAGAAUGAAUAUGUAGGCAACACUCAUUGCUUAAUAUGUGCUACAUUUGCGAUGUACUGUGGUUGUGCUGCGCUUAGGCCUCGAGAUAACAGGAGCCCCUGGGACUCCGAGAACCGGAUCAAACCAGCCUUAGGGUUUGUAUUGUGACCAAGGGCUCAGAGAUAAAGAGAAGUGUUUGUGAAAAGACAAGAAAAAGAAUGCCAAACUUGCAAGGCCUCGAGAUAACAGGAGCCCCUCAGACCUCAAGAACCAGAUCAAAUCAACAUUAUGGUUUGUACUGUAACCAAGGACUCAGAGAGCAUGCGCAAGAAGACAAGGUGAAAAGUUCAACCCUGAUGAAGAUAUCUUACUUCAUCCCAAUGACCACCCGGACGACCACCAGAGAGUACUACGCAAGCGCAGAAGGACUGAUAAGACAACUAGCAUAUGAAGCAGGGCUAGGUGGAGCUAGGAAAUGAAUAUGCAUAGAUAUGUUGCAAAACUUAAUGCAUAUGUAACGUUUUAGGGGAUAAAAGAGAAUGCGAGUGAACGAAUUCUAUGAAUUGUUGCGUAAUGCCUUUGGGAGCUAUCCCGCAUACGCCUGGUGCUGAAAUAAACCAUAUAUCUACUUUA